AUGGAGAACAAUAUUGGUUAUUCGAGGUACGAUGGCCAUGACCAGUACGGUGCAAAUACGUUUGAUGGUUCACAGGCUGCUCACGGUGAUGUUUCAAGUCACCAAGACAACCAGGUGGACGAUACCCAGAGUACCCAGGGUCCGCACGGUACCCAGGCCGGUGGUACCACACCUUUCCUGGGAGUUGUGGGUCUUGAGAACGGUAUCGGAGUGGGACCAAUAGGUGCUGCUGUGAGUGGUAUUGAUGUGGGGGGAGUUGCCAUGGAUAACGAUGGUGUCACUGCUGUUGUUAGUACAGUUGUUGGCACCUCUGAGAUUGAUGCAAAUUCCGAUGCUGGUGUUGGUAGCAAUGUCAGCGCAGAGCAACAACAACAGGGGGAGUUUGACAGUCCUUCAGGGGCGUUUGCUAACGUUGGACAAGGUCUUGAAGGCAAGUGUAAAAACCUGAUGAUGCAGUAUUGGCAGGAUACAAUCAAUUCUAUCGAGAGAGACGAGUACGACUUUAAAAGUCAUCAAUUACCUUUGGCAAGAAUCAAAAAGGUUAUGAAGACCGAUGAAGAGGUUAAGAUGAUAUCCGCAGAGGCUCCUAUUUUAUUUGCCAAAGGUUGCGAUAUAUUCAUUACUGAGCUCACUAUGAGAGCCUGGAUUCACGCCGAAGAAAACAAGCGCAGAACGCUACAAAAAUCGGACAUUGCUGCGGCUUUGCAGAAAUCCGAUAUGUUUGACUUUUUGAUCGAUAUCGUACCAAGAGAAGAGGAGAAGCCGAAGAAGAAGCACUCACACCAUCAGAAGCAAAAUAAGAAGCAUGAUCAGGUUUCAGAUGGUUCUGUAGGCCCUCUGACUACCUCGAUUGAUUCUCCAGUAUCUGGUCAGCAAAUCCAGCAAGCCCAGCAAGUGCAACAGGCUCAGCAGGCGCAAUACCAGCAAUUAUACCAGCAGCAAUAUUUGGAUCAAGUAUAUCAGCAGCAGCAGCGACAACAACAACAAUUACAGCAACAGCAGCAGCAGUCGCAAUCUCAACCACCCGAAUCACAACCGCAAUCACAGCCUCAUCCUCAACAAUAUAUGUACUCUGGAAGUCAGUCAGUGCAACAGCAAGGCCAACCUCAAGUACACCCCGGAUUGGGCCAACAGGAUCCUUCGAUGUCGCAGAUCAAACAAGACGAAGAUAAGUUCAAUCUAUCAAAUGGUUAUAGCUUCUAA